CCCGUGAGCUCAGAUGGAACUGUGAAUGAACGAGUAGAAACAAUAAGUUCUAUUCAGGAAAUUAAAAACAUAAUGUCGCUUUUUUUAACCAAAGAAAUGCGUUUAUUAAAUAUAACUUUUUUUUUUUACUGGUUUACAUUUGUCAUUCUAUGCUAGUGUCUAUAGUUCGAGUAUUGGAUUUACUAAAAGAAUGGGUUCCAAUAGUAAACAGCUUGUGGGAUUAUCUGGAAUAUUGAUUGGCGUUGGUGAAAUCUUAGGAGGUUUGAUAUUCAGUAUUUUGGGUCAAAAGACUUUUGACAACAACACUAACUCGAAAGGAUUAAGUCAUUCAGCAGUAAUUGUAUUAGGUUUUAUCGUAAAUAUCGUUGCAUACGGUUUAAUAUUUAUAAAUUUACCGAACGACUCACCAUUUGGUGAUACAACUGCCAAAUCAUUUAUUGAUCCCAAUCAGCACCUAGCAAUUUUCUGCAGUUUUCUUUUGGGUUUUGGCGACAGUUGCUUCAAUACCCAACUUUACAAUUUAAUUGGACUAAGAUAUUCUGAAAAUAGUGCUCCACCCAUGGCUUUGUUCAAUUUCAUGCAGUCAAUAGCAGCUGCUGUAAGUUUUUACUACAGCAAUUAUUUUGGAAUAUAUGUCCAACUAAUAUUAUUGAUGGCCUCAUUAACUAUGGCUACAUUGUCUUUCUUCAAAGUGGAUGAAUCUACUGAUAAACGGUAUUAUGAAGAAUUAUAAGAGUUAAAUUUUUGUCAAGUGAAAUCAUUUGACCCAUUGUACGUCAAGUUAUUCGUGUAUUAUUCCUUUCAUGAUUUGUAAAGUAAUAUAUGACUUAUAUAUAAUCUAUACUUAGCAUGUACCUAAUAAAAAUAAAAAUCUCACAUUUGUCAUACCAAAGA